GUAAGCAGCUCGAAACUACAUUCGAAGUUUACCUUUGCGGUCUUUCAUAAAAUGUGUGCAUGUUUUCAGAUGCAUAAAAAAAUGCAUGGCAACAUCAACAGGGACAUCCUCGCUUAAUACAUAGUAGCAUGUGAAGAGAAACAAGAUGGAAGUGCUGAUUUUCUAUUAAGAUGUGUUGAGUCCUGCAGACACCUGUAUGCACGACGCGUCAGUGAGUUUCUGUGUAGGUGAGGACAAUAGGCGGCCUGCCUGCAUGACACACAGCACGGCAACACACUGCGAAUCACAGCGGCCAAUAUAUCAAGAUUACUACAUAAACAUCGUGUGACAUGGAACCACUCGCAUCUGGGGAAAAAUACCCUCCAAAACUUCCGGGUGAAGCCUCAGGUCUAUCAGAGCAGUUUCUGCCAGCGUAUGAUGGAAAGAAGGUGCAGAAGAGGAGAAUACCGCGCAUGGCUCUCGUGGCCAUAGUACUCGCAUCUAUUGCAGUCAUUGCGUUAGUAACCGGACUGCUGGUCUGGCAUUUCCAUUUCAGACCAGGGAAGGUGAGAAAGCUGUACAGUGGAUAUCUGACCAUCUCCAGUCAGACUUUCUCUGAUGCUUAUGAAAACUACAACAGCACUGAAUACAAAGAAUUAGCCACAAAAGUCUCAAAACAGUUAUAUACUUCUAUAUACAAGCAAAAUGGGUGGCUGUCUAGAUACCAUGUUGUAUCCAGCGUACAAGGUUUCAGUGAGGGCAGUGAUAACGGCAUUAUUGCGUAUUACCUGUCUGAGUUUAAUGUGCGGGAAAACCGAUUGUCUCUUGUGGAAGAGGCGUUGGAUAAAUUGAUGGUUGGGGGAGAAGCUGCAAGGCAAAGCCGCAGCGGCAGUGGCGGUACGACUGACAAUAGCCUCAUCAUAGUCGGAAUGUCAUCUGGAGCUGUGGAUGCUCGGCUAGCUGGUAGAAACCUUAAACGUUCGACUGAGAGGUUGCUUCACGCCCAUGGUAACCAGACAGACAGUUUUCGAUCUCCAGGUUUUCCUGAGUCCUCCUACCCCUCAAAUCUUUAUAAGGAGUGGCAGAUUCGGGCCGACCCAGAGCACAGGAUCAGACUGGAUUUUGAUGUCCUAAACCUGGAGAAAGACUGUCGUAAUGACUUCAUCAAAGUGUAUGACUCAUUGGCCCCUACAGAAAAACAAGUCAUAACAGAGAUAUGUGGAAUUCGUUUACCCAGUGAGCGAUUUAUUUUCAUGUCCUCUGGGAAUGUCAUGCUGGUCACAUUGGUCACAAAUGAGGAGAAAAACUUCCCGGGUUUCAGAGCAUUUUACUCGCAGGUCCCAGGAAAAAUUAAAGAGUGUGGUGGCGAACUAACUGCUCUUAGUGGUACCUUCACAUCACCUGGCUUUCCUUCUCACUACCCACCUAAUAUUGAGUGUGUCUGGAACAUUGAGGUUCCACAAGGAAAGCAUAUCAAGUUAAAGUUCAACAAGUUCUCUAUCCAUACCCCUGAAGAGAAACCACUUGGUUGUCCUACAGACUACUUAGAGUUAAAAUACAGGAUAUGUGGAGAGAAGCCACCCAAAACUGUGUACUCCAUCAAAUCAAACCGUGCAACAGUUAAAUUUCAUUCUGAUAUGUCUCAUGUGGCCGAGGGCUUUUCUGGAGAAUUUGAGGCCUUUGAACCCGCUGAUCCCUGUCCUGGCAAGUUCCAGUGUGAAAAUGACCUAUGUGUGUCCACUAACCUACAAUGCGAUGGAUAUAAUGACUGUGGAGAUAUGAGCGAUGAGAGGGGCUGCUUAUGUAAUGAUACUCAAAUCAAGUGCAAGAACGGCUUCUGCAAGCCUCGUUUUUGGAGCUGUGAUGGGGUGAACGAUUGUGGAGAUAACACGGAUGAGGAGAACUGUGGGAAGUGUAAAGCUACGUAUUUUACCUGUCGAAAUGGGAAAUGCAUCUAUGCACAGAAGGAGUGCAAUGGCUACAAUGACUGUGGUGAUGGCUCAGAUGAGUCUCAAUGUGAAAAAUCCAUAGUUGUUCGCUGCUCAGAUAUCUCUUACAAGUGCAAGAAUGACCAGUGCAUAAGCAAGCUGAACCCAAUGUGUGACGGAGAGAAAGACUGUGAGGAUGGUUCAGAUGAAGCAGAAUGUAAAUGUGGGAUAAAACCUUAUAAGUCCAGUCGAAUUGUGGGUGGAAAGGACUCGAACGAGGGAGAAUGGCCCUGGCAGGUCAGUCUGCACAUAAAGACAAAAGGUCAUGUGUGUGGAGCCUCUGUUAUCAGUAACCGCUGGCUUGUUACUGCUGCUCACUGUGUGCAGGACAAUGAAAAAAACAGAUAUUCUGAGCCUGACCAAUGGGAAGUGUAUUUAGGCCUCCAUACUCAGAGUGAGACCAGUAAAGCAACCCUUAAAAGUGUGACUCGCAUCAUCUCUCACCCUCGGUAUGAUCCCAUAUCGUAUGAUAAUGACAUCGCUCUAAUGGAGUUGGAUAGCCCUGUGACUCUCAACAUGAAUGUCUGGCCUAUCUGCUUACCAGAACCCACACAUGACUUUCAAACAGGCAAAGCUGUAUGGAUUACUGGCUGGGGCAAACUGAGAGAGGAAAUUGAAUCUGUUGCACCAGUCUUGCAGAAGGCUGAGGUGCGUAUUAUUAACGUCACUGUAUGCAGCAGACUGAUGGAUGAUGGAAUAACGCCACGGAUGAUCUGUGCCGGUGUGCUGAGCGGGGGCAUUGAUGCAUGUCAGGGUGACUCAGGUGGUCCGAUGUCUUCUGCUGAGGAAAAUGGGCGCAUGUUUCUCGCUGGAGUGGUGAGUUGGGGAGAUGGCUGUGGUCGCAAGAACAAGCCUGGUGUUUACACACGAGUCACGGAGUACCGCAACUGGAUCAGAGAGAUGACAGGGGUGUAGAUUCAAAGACAAACAGCAACUUUAAGAACAUCUAUUGAAAAAGUAUUGAGAGUCACAGAGAAAAAGAAAAGGUAGAUAUUGAUCAAUAUGCCAAGUAUUUCAGUAGCCAGCCAUAGCGAUUCCUAUUAUCGUGCCAAAUGUCAGAAAAAGAGACACAUUACUUUUAUAUUCUAUGAAGUGGCGACUUCUCUGUCGGCUCUCACAGUUUUGACUGUAUUUAUCUGUUUUUUAUGCGGUUCUGCUCUUGAGAUAUGUUUUGUGAAUGUGGUCAAUGCUGGGGUUAUUUAGAUUAAACUGUGCUGAAGGUUAUUCUCUCUCACAGCACCUUGCUUUUAAUUCAUUUAAACUAAAAUGUCAUCUCAGGGAUUGUGUUGUGUUGGUUUAAUGAUUGAAUGCUUUUGUGUUUUUUUAGCACACUGUAGCUCUAUCACGUAAAACUUUCAUGUUGAACAGAAUUUGUGUAGAUAAAUAUAUAUAAAUACACUAGGAUAGAAUUAUUGAACAAUUAUGUCAUAUACUGUGCAUAGUUAAUAUCACACUUGUAUGUCCAUUGUUUUUUAUAGAUUCAUAUUUGUAGAUUUGUCAGAUGCAAAGUGCAUUAGUUGAGUGUACAUUAUGUAGAUAUAAAUGUUUGUCUCACACAAAUUUGUGUUUUUAGUUUUUUAUUGUUUUAGUUUCGCUUUAUGCAUUGCAGGCUUACAUUUAAUAUUUUAUGGGCCUUUUGUAAAUAUGUUUUAUUUUUGUUAUUGCCCUAGUAAGGGACUUGGUAUUCCCAUUAUGUGCCUUGCUAUGUAAGUGGUAUCUAAAAAUUAAAGGAAAGAUUUAAACCUAA